AUGGACUGUGUGGGCUUCAGUUUCCCUCUUCCAACGGGCCGGAGCUCGUCAACACAGGUUCCUCCUGCCCAGCUCUGUAGCCUCGGGUUCCACGUUCCCGCGCUACUGCAGCCCACGCUGUGUGACCUUGUGCCAGUAGCCUGCACUCUCUGGGCUGCCAGCCGGGGAUCUCUAAGCGUUCUUCCGGCUCGCGACCCAGCGUCGCUGGCCGCGGAGACCCUCCCCCACUCCUCCGGGUUGCGGGGGCGUGGGUGGGGGUGGGCGCUGGCAACGGCGCGCCCCCCCACCCUACCCCCCCAGCCCCGGGUCGGUGGCCGGAUCCGCGCCUGGUUUUGGACUCAGCCGCGCCGCCCCCUCCCCCGCGCGCAUCUCCCCGCCCCCCGCCCCCUCCCCGACGCUCUCGGGGAGCCGGGGCCGCGCGGCUCCUCCUCCCGCAGCCGCAUCUGGGGCGCCGCGCCGGCCAGAGGAGAGGCAUGGGGCGCCCGCGGGCCGGGGCCGGGGCCGGGGCCUAGGCGGCGGACCUACGAGCGGACCGGAACAGCGGCGGCGGCGCAGCGCAGCGGCGGAGCGGGCCGGAGGCGGCCGAGGCGCCCGGCGCAGACGCUGGUGCCUCCCUCUCCGCCAGGUGCUGGGUGGCCAGAACUGGGUCUGUCCGGGCGCUGGAGGGCCCCUGUCCCCUGCCACUUCCCGCCAGUCUCUGAUUGUGUGCCCGGAGGAAUGUGCGUGCCAGCCUUUGGUCCAGUGCCUGCUCCCGAGGUGACGCCUGCUGGUUCCCGACUGGUUCCCAUUAUCCCUCUGCGCAUAGCUCCCUCGUUGCUACGGUGCCUGACCCCCACUACCUUCCUGCACCUCACCCUCCUGCCGCCUCCCGAGGCUGCUCAUGGAUGA